GUGAAAGACUUGUCGGUAGUGUUCCUGUGUAGAUACAAAACAUGUACAUUGGAGGAGUUUGUGUUUCAAUCUACAUCAUUCUUUGUUACACGGAAGUUGGACAUGGAAAGAAGACUACCAGCAAUACUAAGGAUGACGACCUAUCAGCUUCAAAGUCUUUAACUCAUUUUUAUAACGGUACUAUUUCACCGCUGGCGAACCUUUCAUCCAUCAUAUUUAGAAACUACGAUUCCGGUGUCCGCCCGUAUUGUCCAGGGGAGGAAGAAAUAGUCGAUGUCACAGUGGAUUUAGCUCUCCGACAACUUAUUGACCUUGAUGAACCAUAUCAGAUUGUGACAAUGAAUAUUUGGAUGCGCUUGGGUUGGAGGGAUUGUCAACUAACCUGGGAUCCAAAUGAAUUUGCAGGUAUCACACAACUUCGUGUGCCUUAUUCCAGAUUAUGGAUUCCUGAUAUAGCGUUAUAUGAAAGGGUCUCUGACGAAUUUUACGGACUGAAGGAUUAUCCUGUUCAAAUUCAUUCAGAUGGACGGGUCGAAUACAAUUUUCCAUCUACCGUAGAAGUAGUUUGUCCUGUCGACGUAACCAAUUUCCCGUUUGAUACUCAAGUUUGUCCACUUAAAUUCAGUUCUUGGUCAUACCACGGAUUUCAUCUGAAUAUGACAUCAAACGCGAUGGCCGCAGACUUAAGUAAUGUAAAAGAAAAUGUAGAAUGGAUAAUAAAAAAAGGACCUGCUCAUAGACGUGUGACGUAUUAUAAAUCUCUUCCAUAUCCAGAUUUAACAUUCAGCAUCUUCAUCGAGAGAAAGCCAGAUUAUCACGUUACAAAUAUGUUGUUACCUUCAUUUUUGAUCACAUGUAUCGCUAUUCUUGGUUUUCUCCUUCCCGUUGACAGUGGAGAAAAAGUUGCUCUAGAAUUGACAGUAAUGCUAGCAAUAUCAGUGUUCCAGUUACUCGUGGCAGAUAAAUUACCGCCAUCAUCUGUCAGUACACCAUGGAUUGUUGUCUACUUCAAUUUUACACUAUUCCUUUCUGGGACAGCUUCGCUUAUACAAGUCAUUGUUUUAAAUCUUCAUCAUCGUGCAGAUCAAAAAAUGCCUGAAUGGAUUGCUUUUAAUGUGCUACAGCCACUAGCAACAAUUACAUUUACCGAUGUGCCAGGAUUUACACCUUGUAGAUGUAUAUCCAGACAGGAUGAGAACAUGGUGAAGCAGGAGAUAUUUAUUCCAGAAGAUGCCCAGCUAUGGGUACUAUUAGCAAAGUGUGUUGAUAGGCUUGGUCUCAUGCUGUUCCUGUUGACAUUUUCAGUCGGUACAGGGAUCAUUUUCACAGCUUUUUCGCUAUGAAAGACCACAAGGGUCAAUGAAAAAAAUAUAUUGCAUAUCCUGUCUCAAGUUAAAAGGAAACUAUCAUCGACUAGUGGAUAGUUGAUGCAUGAUUCAUUAAUAUGAUGGUCGGUUUUGUUAUCACUCUUGCCGAUUUUAUUGUAAACAAUAGAGUGUGAUCUUAUUUGGAAUCUUCAGAGAUUAUUGUUGGGUCUUGAGUAAUUUAGUACUUGUGAAAGUUAAGUAUUUUGUGUGUGUGUGUCUGAUACGUGAUGUAUGUGUUUAUAUGGUAUUUUUUUGAGAAUGUAUGUAUACGUAUUUAUUGUAAAACUAUGUUUGUUUGAAUGUACAAGAUAUGCGUACUAAGUGUAUAUAUUUGCUUUACAUCAUUUUUAAAUAUCUUUUUACCACAUAAGUUUAAUUUUAGAAAAGACUUGCAUAACAAUAAAAUUCAAUACCUUGUUAUUUUUGCUAAUUUAUGCAAGGAAGCACCAUAGAGACAUACUAUGCAGUCUUUACACCAGCAGCAAAGACGGCGUUUUGCUAUUGAACAGUUAAAGAUUUGACAAUUAUAUCUAUUGCGUAAGAUCGCGUAAGUGCAAAAUGACUUCAUCGAGAACUGUUAGCCGUAGCAAACAGGAUGGGAAGUAUGUGUGCAUAUUUUUACUUCUUCAUUAGCUUAAAUAAUUAUAUAUAUAUAUACACUUCUAAACAUGUGACAAUUUUAUGACAGACAUUCUCUAUCGGAUAACACGUGGUUAUAUAGGGCUAACACCAUAAUAUAUAUAUAAUUCGUCUCAAAUCAGCCCAACAAUGUUAGGUCUGUAAAUGCGUUAGCAAAGUUUUGUCCUUCCCUCAGCGGGAUUCGAACCCUUGCUUCUGUGACAUCGUGGCAACACCGCCUGCAUGGUGUCCAUCGCCCUAGACCACUCGACCACCUAGGCUACAUAAAAAUAAAAAUGUCGGUGGUCGAUGUAAUGCCUUUUCUCGUCGGCUUUAUCUAGGGUUGUAACACAAUACAUUAUGUAUAGUGGCAAGUAGAUGGUGUAACUUUCAGAUCAAUAAAAUUUCAGAUUCUCCCUCGGAUAACACGUGGUUAUACAGGGCUAACACCAUAAUAUAUAUAUAAUUCGUCUCAAAAUUAGCUCAACAAUGUUAGAUCUGUAAAUUUACGUUAGAAUUAUUGUUUUUUCCUCAGCGGGAUUCGAACCCUUGCUUCUGUUCAAUCUAAAGUGAGAUUACCAAGCCUGCAGUACUUGCCCAAGAUUAGCAGUAAUAAUUAUUUUAUUCAGUCAUUUUUCUCUUGCCUACAAUAAAUAUCGUUUUUUAGUGGCAGUAAAUUCUAUCCUAUCCACACACAUUUUAAACCGUUCCAGCUAAUGUAUACUUCAUUUUUGUCUUGAAAAAAUGCAAGAAAUAUUUAACAGUGGCACUCAUAAAAGGGCAACAUCAAAUAAACCUCAUCAUGACAGAAGAUAAAUGAGUGUUUUUUGCGUGAACCCCCCCCCCUUUUGAGGGGUUCACGCCUAUAUAUUGGUGAGUUUUGGUAUCUUCUAUUGGCCAUUCGGAUAUCUCUGGAAACAAUAUUCUCGGAACCUCUCGAAAAUUUUUCGAUCAUUUAACCAGGUAGUAUCUAUGUCUGAUACGGUCCCUCUUUGGAUAAGUUACCACGUGACAUUGUAAAUUUCAACAAUCAAAGUUCAUUUGUAGAUCGGAUAGUAAAAAAGAUAAAAAAAAAAAAUAAAGACUAAAAAAAAAUCAUUGAGACUAUAUGUUAGAACCUGUUUGCCUUUUGACAAAACAUAUGUGUUUUUAAUAAUGCGAAUUUUAUAAAAUAUCAAGUAUAAUUAUAACACUAUUUUCUAAUUCAUGCUUUGAGACGGGCGUGCUGUUAAUAUUUUAUAAUAAUCAUAAAAAAAAAAAAUUACUACGGAUUUAUAAGUCUCUGCUUAUAUUUUGUAUAGCAAUAUAUUCAUAUUAAGAAGAGAUUGAUUUGAUAAAUAAAAUGUCCAUCAGUAAAUACUUGAUGUUUGUGUUUAUUGAUACUAUAUUCUAAAUUUUCGGAAA